AUGUCUCUGGCCUUUCAUGGAAGGUCGGCUCGGUGGAUAUAUAUACACGUGACUUUUGCCACGUGCGCGCAUGAGCGAGAAGGCUCGCGAGAAAAAAAAAAUACAUACAUUAUCAUUAUCUUUGACAUGGGUCUACUAUCCUUCACCGAAGACACAGAACCGUCCCUCAUAGACGACAAAGUCAAAUGGAAAGAAGAAGGUGACGAGCUGAUUAGCGCCCGAAAACCCCGGAAAGAAAAGUCACCAAAAACAUCGGAUGGGGUCUAUUCGCUUUCCUACGACCAAGUGAAUGACAAUGCGGACGAACUCAUAGAGUUGCGGGGCGAAGGCAGAUACUUUGGCGUGACAGAUCCAAGCACGGGCUCAACCAUCAAUUCGCAACAGAGUCUUGGCCCGCUUUGCGACAACUGCCACAAAAGAGGCCAUGUUCGGUCCAAAUGCAAAACUGUCGUUUGCCACAAGUGUGGAGUUGUGGGCGACCAUUACGAGACGCAGUGUCCCACGACCAUGAUCUGCUCGCGGUGUGGCGAAAGAGGCCACAUGGUGAGCAUGUGCAAAAGCAAAACCAGAAAGAGACAGUAUUGUCGCCAUUGCGACACCUUCAGCCACGGCGACGACAACUGUCCCAGCAUAUGGCGCUCGUACAUCACCAAGGUGCAGAAGGACGAGGAGUAUGUUCUUCCGGCGAUUAGCUGCUACAACUGUGGCGACGACACGCAUUUUGGAGACGAAUGUCCCGAAGCAAGAUCAUCACGGAUUCCCAACACCAGCGGCAGUGCGUUCAGCGGCAGCAAUUUGCCCAAGCAUUUGCGCUCUGUGUAUUUCGAAAGCAUCGGCCAGGGAAGCACCAAAAAGUACACCAGCAGUUUCAGCAACAGCUACAGUCUCGACUAUAACCAGGGCUACAACCUGAACUACAACGGCUCCAAGUAUAGUAAGAGCAGCAAACAGAGCUAUCAGAGCGGCUCAAAGGCAAGCAGCCGGAACUACAAUGCGGCGGAAGAUGCAAACCCACGCAAUUUCCAGCAAAAGUACUCUAGCUACUUGGAGCAGAAAACAUCUGGCAAAAAGGGCGCGUUGCCUUCGAAACCUGCCACCGCCAGCCGCUCGGGCUAUCUCCCCAACAAAAAGGGCGUGGUCAAGCCCAAUCGGACAGGCGUGCUUAAGGGCAAAAAGCGCAAUUAUCAAAACUUGUACUAG